AUGUCUGGCUACGGUGACUACAACCAAGGCUACAACCAGGGCGGCUACGGCCAACAGGGUCAGGGUUAUGGUCAACAGGGAUAUCCCCAGCAAGGCUACCAGCAGGGUGGUUAUGGACAGGAGUACGGCCAGCAGCAGCAAUAUGGCCAGCAGCAGCAAUAUGGCCAGCAGCAGCAAUAUGGCCAGCACCAGCAGCACGGCCAGCCUGCCUCCAACGAUUACUACAACUCCGGAUCUCAGAACCAGCAGUACGGUGGUCAGCAGAGCUACGGUCAGCCUCAGCACCAGUACGGUGGACAGCAGGGUCAGGACUACAACCGCGCUGGACAUGACCAGCAACAAGCUCCUGGCGAAGAGGGCGAGCGUGGUCUUGCCGGCGCUCUUGCCGGCGCUGCCGGUGGUGGCUUCGUAGGCCACAAGGCCAACCACGGUAUUCUUGGCACAAUUGGCGGUGCCAUCAUCGGCAGUCUUGCUGAGGACGCCAUGAAGAAGAAGGGCCACGACAACAAUGGUCACCAGGGUGGUCACCAGGGUGGCCACCACCAAGGCGGCAGUCCUUAUGGCCAACCCCCCUCCCAGAGCGGUGGCAGCGGCGGCAUGAUGGAUCAGCUCGGCAGCUUCUUCAAGAAAUAG